UACAACGGAAGUAAUUUAUACAGAGAUAGUUAAUUCAGCCUAGUUUCCAGUUUUCGACAAUAGUGCAUUGUUAUGAUGAACGAAGAAUGGCGGACGCUGUCAUUUUCGGAUAUCUGUUCACAUUUUUGUUGAUAAAUAGUUGUUACGCUCUUCCCGGUUUUGACGCACUACAGGAAGAUGGCAUGUCAGGGAGCACACAAGGUCCCAAUGAGCAGAGGUUGGACAACACAAUCUCUAUCGAUAAGAUGAUGGUGCACGAACCAAGAUACAAAUGCCACCAAUGCGAGGGUGCCGCAUGCGGCGGGCCGGGCUCAGAGUGCCGCGAGGCGCUAUUCUGCUUCAAGUCCUCGGUGCGGCUGUCUGACGGCGAGCUGCAGCACUCGCGCGGCUGCUCCGAGCGGAGAGACCAUUAUCAGUUCACGUGCCGAUCUAAUGCGCAUCAUCAAGGUGUGCGCAAGCGUCACGCCGGUCAGCGAAACGUGACAUGCUGCCGCGGCGACAUGUGCAACGACGGGGACUUCCCCGGCCUGCCGCCGCUGGCCGACACCUCCAUACAGCCGCUGCACUCCAGCGCACGCAAGUUGGGCGUCAUCGUGGCCGCGUCCGUCAUAGCCGUCGCCGCUGUCGUCGCCAUGGCGGUGUUCGUGGUUAGACGGAGUCACAGGUUGCGGGUGUCACGCGCCGCUCUGCACAAGCUGGGCGCGGAUCCGAAUUACUUCUCAUCUAAUGUCUACAAUCCACAAGUCACCAAUCCGUUUUAUGAAGGCGGCGAGGGGUCUGGCGGCGCGGGCGCGGGCUGGGUGGUGGCGGUGGCGGCGGGCGACUCCACGCUGCGCGAGUACCUGGAGUGCUCGGUGACGUCGGGCUCGGGCUCGGGGCUGCCGCUCAUGGUGCAGCGCACGCUCGCCAAGCAGGUCACGCUCUACGACUGCAUCGGGAAGGGUCGGUACGGCGAGGUGUGGCGCGGCUCGUGGUACGCGGACUCCGUGGCGGUGAAGAUAUUCUUCUCGCGCGACGAGGCGAGCUGGCGCCGCGAGACCGAGAUCUACAGCACCGUGCUGCUGCGCCACGACAACAUACUGGCGUACAUCGGCAGCGACAUGACCAGCCGGGGCAGUUGCACCCAGUUAUGGUUGAUAACUCACUUCCACCCGCUGGGCUCGUUGCACGAGUACCUAUCGCGGACCACACUCACGCGGCACCAGAUGAUGGUCAUCGUGCUCUCCACGGUCAGCGGGUUGCUGCAUCUCCACACUCAGAUACACGGCACGCAGGGCAAGCCAGCGAUAGCUCACCGCGACAUAAAGACGAAGAACAUCCUGGUGAAGAUAAACGGCGAGUGCUGCAUAGCUGAUCUGGGGCUGGCGCUGACGCAAGCGCACAUCUCCGCACAGCAGCACCACUGCACCAGGCAGGACAAGCGGUACAUGAGCCCAGAAAUGCUAGAUCAGAGCAUGAACCCGCUGUGCCUGGAGUCGUACCUGCGCUGCGACGUGUACGCGCUUGCGCUGGUGGUGUGGGAGGUGUGCCGGCGCGUGUCCCCCGCGAGCCCGCCGGCGCUGCCGUACCACCCGCUCGUGCCGCAGGACCCCAGCUUCGACGACAUGAGGAAGAUCGUGGCUGUGGAGCAGGUCAGGCCGGAUCCGCCGCAUUCUGAUCAUCCGACUAUGUUGGGCAUGGCGAACCUGAUGCGCGAAUGCUGGCACCAGAACCCGUCGGUGCGUCUGCCGGCCCUCAGGAUCAAGAAGACACUCCUCAAGCUCGCCGCCCACGACAACUCCAUACAACUCGACGACGACAACGAGGUCUCUGUCUGAACCCAGUGUAAGUGACCGACGGUAAAGCAGAAAUCAAUGACAUUGUCUGUGCUGAGCUCGGGUUUUGAUGGAUGCAAUAUCACAGUAACUACUUCAUUAAUGAACUAUGUAUUUCUUAUGUUUACGCGAAUGUUAGACAUUGAAAUGAAACUAAUUUUCGGAUUCUAUCGCGGUUUUUUGUGACCAUGAAGGCUGCAAAGUAGGGAGAAAAAUAAAAUACAAAAAACCG